GAAAGCUUCUUUAUUUCCAGGAGAUGGAGUUGGUCCACGUCAUCAUCAAAUCGGGGCCGUCACCGCGACCAUUAGCCUGGUCCUUAGAGGUCUCCUCAUCAGAGAACGAGGACUGGAAGAUGAUCAGCGCGUUCGGAGACAAGGAGCAUUGCAGGAAACUGUGGGAUCUCCGACCUGAACGGAGGCGACGGAAAGCCAGAGCGGCGAAGAAUCGCAGAGCGGACAAACCCACGUGCUCAACGCAGUUCACUAGCCCCAGGCCUUUGGAGAACGGAGAGAUGCACAUUCGCGUUCAAGAGGUCGCAGCGCGGCGCGUGCGCAUCUCCUUCCGCGCCGCGCACCCCGCCUCCCCCUCGCAGUACUACACUGUGCGCGCGCUCGCUCUAGUCGCGCGCUGUCUCUGUCACGCGCACGCCAGGCAUUGCCAUGUUGAUAAAAAUGGUGCAAAAUGCAAGUGCCUCCACGGCACCUGCGGCGCCCACUGCUCGCGUCCGUGCGAGACCCCCGAAUGCUCGUGCGGGGAGCGGGGGGCGUGCCAGUUCGACGAGACGGGCGCCAUAUUGUGUGUUAACUGCACGGAGAAUCGUGCAGGUCCUCUUUGCGACCGAUGUCUGACCGGCUUCUACAACGCUGUUCCUGACGGGCCCUGUCUGCCGUGCGAGUGCGACCCUGACGGCUCUGAUGGCUCCUGCACCUACAGCAAGCACCAAAAGACCUGCAACUGCUUCCUCGGUUUCACCGGUCCGCUAUGCGACGCGUGCGCCGAUGAAAACGCAGUGUUCCCUUACUGCUUGGUCACCGAGCUUACCACGGGCGUUCCUGAGUGCAAGUGCGAUGUCCGCGGGGUGGUGGAUCCUGAGAGAGUUUGUGAUGAUGUCUGUGACUGCAAGGUUGGUAAACAAGCAUACGAAAACGCAGUGUUCCCUUACUGCUUGGUCACCGAGCUCACCACGGGCGUUCCUGAGUGCAAGUGUGAUGUCCGUGGGGUGGUUGAUCCUGGGAGAGUUUGUGAUGAUGUCUGUGACUGCAAGGUUGGUAAACAAGCAUACGAAAACGCAGUGUUCACUUACUGCUUGGUCACCGAGCUCACCGCGGGAGUCCCUGAGUGCAAGUGCGAUGUCCGUGGGGUGGUGGAUCCUGGGGAAGUUUGUGAUAAUGUCUGUGACUGCCAGGUUGGUAAACAAGCAUACGAAAAUGCAAUGUUCCCUUACUGCUUGGUCACUGAGCUCAACACGAGAGUUCCUGAGUGCAGAUGCGAUGUCCGUGGGGUGGUGGAUCCUGGGAGAGUGUGUGAUGAUGUCUGCGACUGCAAGGUUGGUAAACUAGCAUACAAAAAUGUAGUGUUCCCUUACUGCUUGGUCACCGAGCUCACCACGGGAGUCCCUGAGUGCAAGUGCGAUGUCCGUGGGGUGGUGGAUCCUGGGAGAGUUUGUGAUGAUGUCUGUGACUGCAAGGUUGGUAAACUAGCAUACAAAAAUGUAGUGUUCCCUUACUGCUUGGUCACCGAGCUCACCACGGGCGUUCCUGAGUGCAAGUGCGAUGUCCGUGGGGUGGUGGAUCCUGGGAGAGUUUGUGAUGAUGUCUGUGACUGCAAGGUUGGUAAACUAGCAUACGAAAACGCAGUGUUCCCUUAUUGCUUGGUCACGGAGCUUACCACGGGAGUUCCUGAGUGCAAGUGUGAUAUCCGUGGAAUACUUAAUCCUGGAAGGGUGUGCGAAGAUAUUUGUGAAUGCAAGGAGAACGUGGUAGGCGAGCGGUGCGACGCAUGCGCGCCGGGUCAUUUCGGAUUGCGCGCGGAUCUGCCCGAAGGGUGUCGCCCGUGCUACUGUGCCCACGUCACUGACUCCUGCGUCGAAGAUCCGCAGCCUGGUGACAAUAUGGUGUUCCCAUUGGGAGAAGCGUGGCUUGUAAGCGACGCAGAAGCGAACGAGACGAUAGAGCCAUCUGUGGAGAACGGGAAACCUUUUCUUAUCAGCUCUUAUGAGGUAGAACUCUGGGAUUCCUUCUACUGGUUGACAACAGUGUUUAAAGGGGAACAACUAUCAUCAUACGGGGCUGAGAUCCGGGCUGCGCUGUUCUUCGGCGUGGUCCGAGGCGACACCGGUGGGAAUCCCACUGCUGGGCCUGAUGCUAUACUUAUUGGUGCUGAUGGAACGAAGCUGUACUUCAGCAACAGGACCCACGAGACCCCAGGGGAGCUGGUGCUGAACCUGCCACUGUUAGAAGGUCACUGGUUCACCAGCGAAGGACCGGUGUCGAGAACGCAGCUUAUGGACGUACUGAGUGAUCUGAAGGCGAUCAUGAUUAGAGCACAUUUUCAUAUGGAUCAGGAUGAGGUCCGUCUAGACUCAGUACAGAUCCUCGGCGCGGGCGCCGGCGCGCGUGAGACGUGCGCGUGCCCGCCGGGCUACGCGGGCGCGCACUGCACGCGCUGCGCGUGGACGCAUGCGCGAGUCGCUCGCGCGCGUGACUCGUUGCCUGCUUUCGAGUGCGUCCCUUGCGCGUGUAAUGGCCACGCUGGGUGCGAUGAUGUAGAGGGCGCCUGCGGGCCUUGUAAGCACAACACCACCGGCGCGCACUGCGAACGCUGCUUGCCGGGACACUACGGGAACCCAGUGCAAGGUGCCUGCAAACCCUGCGCCUGCCCGUUGUACCUGCCGUCCAACAACUUCAGUCCAAACUGCGCGUUAGCUUCAGCCGAGGGCGACGAGUUCGUCUGUACCCAGUGUCCAGACGGGUACACUGGAGAUCACUGCGAACACUGCGACUUCGGCUACUGGGGCUCCCCGACCACUCCAGGGGGUUCCUGCCAACCUUGUGACUGCGGCGGAGCGCCCUGCGACCGCGACACGGGACUGUGUGGGACCUGCCCUCCUCGCACAGAAGGGGCGCGCUGUGAUCAGUGCCAGGGGAUUCCUGCCAACCUUGUGACUGCGGCGGAGCGCCCUGCGACCGCGACACGGGACUGUGUGGGACCUGCCCUCCUCGCACAGAAGGGGCGCGCUGUGAUCAGAACCUUCGGGUGCUGGGGCUCCCCAACCACUCCAGGGGGUUCCUGCCAACCUUGUGACUGCGGCGGAGCGCCCUGCGACCGCGACACGGGACUGUGUGAGACCUGCCCUCCUCGCACAGAAGGGGCGCGCUGUGAUCAGUGCCAGGAAGGCUACUGGUUCGGCCCGGACGGCUGGUCGGGCGCGGGCUGCGUGCCGUGCGACUGCGGCGCCGGCGCACUCUCUGUGGCAUGCGACGCAAAAACCGGCCAGUGCGCGUGUAAACAGGGCUUUACUGGGCGGAGAUGUGACACUUGCAGCGCAGGACAUGGCGGUAAGUGCGGUCCCGCGGCGCGCUCUCUGUGGCAUGCGACGCUAAAACCGACCAGUGCGCGUGUAAACAGGGCUUCACUGGACGGAGAUGUGACACUUGCAGCGCAGGACAUGGUGGUAAAUCUAACCGCCGGCUGUCCCGCCUGUCGCUGCGGCACAGCCUCCCUCUCCAACUCUUGCGCCGCCGACACCGGCGUAUGCGCAUGCGCGCCGGGCGCCGCGCCGCCAUACUGUGAUAGCUGUCAAGACGAACAUUAUGGCUUGGAGAGCAGCGGGUGCAAAGGGUGCAACUGUUCGCCGCUCGGUUCGGAGAGCAGCGUGUGUGACAUACGCUCCGGACAGUGCCGAUGUCGACCGCACGUCACGGGGCGCGCGUGUGACACUUGCGAGGAAGGCUACUGGGGCCUCCGAGAGGGCGGCUGCAGACCUUGCCAAUGCGGCGCGGGCGCUGCGGCCUGCGACCCCGUCACCGGCCAAUGUGCGUGCGCGCAGGGCGUGGGGGGAGACUCGUGCGAUCGAUGCCUUAGAGGAUACUAUGGGUUCGGGCCUAAUGGGUGUCUACCCUGCCCCCCUUGCACCGAUGGGAAGGUCUGCUCGCCCGAAAACGGGCGCUGCGUCUGCCCGCCCAGAUCCAGAGGUCCCGGGUGCAAGCAAUGCGCUCCCGGGUUCUGGGCCAGGCCUGCUGGGUGCAAGCGCUGUUCCUGCGGGCCCGGAGCCACAUCUGACACCUGCGACCCUCUCACCGGACAAUGCAAAUGCCGCGCCGGCUGGUCGGGGGCUUCCUGCGAUGUGUGCGCACUUGGCCACUUUGGGCCACGGUGCAAACCCUGCCACUGCCAUCCGGACGGGAGCGCGCAAUGCGAGAACGGAGCGUGCGGGUGUGAUGAUAACGGGCAGUGUUUCUGUAAGGCCAACGUAGUGGGUGAGAAGUGCGACCAAUGCCGACCAGGUACAUUCGGACUAUCUGCUUCGCCAACCGGCUGUACUGAGUGCUUCUGCUUCGGGCGAAGCGCGCACUGCACACAGGCAGGCCUCACUCGGGCGGCUCUGCAUGCGGCUGCGCCCGCACACCUCACGUUGCUCCAGGGUGAUAGCAUAAAAUCAGUAGACCAAGACUCUCUAAUAGCCAUCCACACCCACUCCUUAGACUCCACCAUCACCCUCCCCUGGCCCCCGGUCCCCGUGUACAUGGAGCUGGACCGGCGGUUCCUGGGGGACCGGGUGACGUCAUACGGGGGCUUCCUCAGGUUCCGGGUGGAGGAGGAGGGAGGAGAGGGCCUGGAUGAGGAGACGAUGAGGAGGUUCCCGCUCGUCAGGGUGUAUGGGAGGGAUGUAGUGCUGGAUUAUUAUGAGCGCACUCCUCCAAUUAACAAUACACACGGUAUCCGUCUCCACGAAUCGCUAUGGCGGGUGCGCGCACGCAAUGACUUACAAGCGACUCGCGCUGCCCUCAUGCUGGGCCUGAGGAAGGUCGAACGGAUACUUGUUAGGGUCACCACCAGGGCGCCUAAACACGAUGAUAAUGUCCAUGCUCUACUCCUCAACGUAUCUCUAGACACAGCGAUCCCCGGCUUCAGCCGCUCGGAGCCCGCGCUAGGCGUGGAGCUCUGCUCCUGUCCCCCUGGUUACUCCGCGCCAUCCUGCCAUGAACCCGCCAUCGGCUUCUGGAUGCCUCCUGUUAAAGUGCAUCUUGAUAGCGUGGCUGGGACCAUUGUUAUAAGACUGGAGGGAGAUGCGAAGCCUUGUGACUGCAAUGGAAGGGCUGUUAGCUGUGAUCCUGAUACGGGACAUUGCGUGAACUGUACUCACGGAACGGGCGGUCCGCGCUGCGACCGCUGCGCCGAAGGUCACCACGGAGCCCCGGACGCCCCCGGCGGCUGCCAAGCUUGCCCCUGCCCCUCCAGGGCUCGGAACUUCGCAUCCGCCUGCGCCAUGCAGGGGGGGAGGCUACAGUGCUUGUGUAAACCUGGCUACGCCGGUACAGACUGCGAGCUAUGCGCCGCCUCCUACUACCGCUUACGCGACGGCGCCUGCGCGCCCUGCGCGUGCGACGUUGCCGGCUCGCUGUCUCCCCAGUGUGACGGCCGCGGACGGUGUCGCUGUCGAGAUUUCGCGACAGGCGAUAAGUGUGAUAGGUGCAGAGGACCGAAGCUGUGGAUGGAUGGCGGCGGGUGCAGGCCUUGCGACGACUGCACAACCACCCUCCUCGACUCAAUCGACCACCUCGCCUCCUCGCUCCGCAGCGCUGACCUCACCGAGCUCAGCCGCAUACCCCAACCGUACCCCGCCGUCCGCGAGUACUCACACAACACCUCACUACUCCGCAACUCUCUCCACCACUUCAUUAACACCCUCGACCAUUCUAGAAACUUAGGGGACGAUGUCAGUAACUUGGAAGCUUCGGAGCAUAGGAUCUUUACUGAUUUACACGCUUUAAAAGAAGAUGCGUCGACCAAAGAAGAUUCAGCGAAAUCUUUAAGCUUAGAAAGCAUGAGUGGUUUGGAAGAAGUGCUAAAGCAAAGACAGAAAUUGGGGGAACAGGUAGCGGUGUUAGACGACUUUGCGAGGGGAGAGAGACAUUUGGGGGCGCAUAGAGUGAUUAAGGAGGCGAGACAUUUGCUGAGGAACAUUAAGGAUGUGAGGCUGAAUGAUUAUAUUGCUGGAGCUAAUGAUGUUUAUGAUGCGGCUAAUGUGCAAUCUACCGCAGUUCAAGAGCUAAACUACAGCAUAGACGAUGCGUACGCGCGUCUCCGAGGCCUACAGAAUACUUUCGAGAGUUGGCAUGAGAAGGCCGAAGACCUACCACGACUGGCUGAUGCCGUUUGGAUGGCGGGAGAUAAGGUGGCGGCCAUGGAGAAAGAGGUUAGGCCCAGAAUGGCGGCCGCUAGGGACACUGGCCUGCGUUGCAGACUUAUUCUAGAGGACGUGCUAUCCCUCUCCAACCACACAUUCGUCGAAGACGUCGGCUCUGCUCUGCUCCGCGCACGCUCUCUCCUUCUCUCUCUACCCGCCUUAGCCGCAGAGUUGGCCUCGCUCACUCCCGCGGCGGAGGAGAAGGAAGGCAUUCUGUACAACCUGACGCCGGCGUAUAAGCAGAAAUAUUUGGACGCGGUGGAGAGGCAUGUGAACGAGCUUGGGGCGAAAGCGAGAGAAUAUAAGAGCCUAUUCGCCGGCACCCGCGCGCUGGCGUCCUCGGGCGUGACGGCGGCGCGCGCGUGGGCCGAGGUGGCGGGCGCGGUGCGCGCCGCGGCCGCGCACGCGCACGGCGCCGCCGCCGCCGCCGCCGGCGCCGCCAAGAUGGCGCCCAUGAUGGGCUCCGCCGACCAGGCCAAGCAGGCGUCUAGUGACCAGAAGAUUAGGGCUGCUGAGGUGCUGAGCAAAGCUGAGGAGCUCCGUCGUCAACUGGACCAUUUGAGAAGAGGAGCUGACUUAGUAAGCGUGGUACUACGUGGACUUGGCUGGCAAGAGCGGGACCUUGGAGCGAGGCCUAGCGCCCGCGUCGCGCAGACUAUAGCGGCAGCUAACGAGCAAGCGGACAGAGUAUUCGCAACGACACGAGUCCUCUACGACGAGGCGAGCGAGAUCCGACGCCGAGUACGAUAUAAUCUCAGACGGCAGCUAACCGAGCUGCAGAGACAUGGCGAUACCGCACUUGGGGCAGCGCAGGAGCAUGUAUCCCAGAUUCGAGGAAACAUGCUUCGUGGAAGCGAAGCAGCAGAAGCCCUGGCAGCAGCAGCGGCAGCGCGAGCGAAAGAGCACGAGAGAGCCGCCGGCCUCGUUAGGCCUCGACUGCAGGAGUUACAGGACAAGAUAGCUAGAGCCAAACAUGCUGCGGAUUCGGUGAGGCAUUAUUUCAGCCUUUUAUCGCCCAUCACUGCUAUGCAGGCCUCUCUUCGAAAGUGCCCCGCGAUCUUUCGCGUGGAAGCGAAGCAGCAGAAGCCCUGGCAGCAGCAGCGGCAGCGCGAGCGAAAGAGCACGAGCGAGCCGCCGGCCUCGUUAGGCCUCGACUGCAGGAAAGUGCCCCGCGAUCUUUCGCGUGGAAGCGAAGCAGCAGAAGCCCUGGGAGCAGCAGCGGCAGCGCGAGCGAAAGAGCACGAGAGAGCCGCCGGCCUCGUUAGGCCUCGACUGCAGGAGUUACAGGACAAGAUAGCUAGAGCCAAACAUGCUGCGGAUUCGAUCACAGUAUCAGUGACAUCCUUACCCGGCGGCAUUGGCUGCUCGCGCGCCUUCACAGCGCCGGCGACGUCUCCUGCCGUCUCACGUGCGUCUAUUGCCGUCUCUUUCGACGGAGCCGUACGUGAUGGGCCGCUACUACAGAUGACAGAUGAGAACAAGGAAACCCCAAGCUACAUGAAACUGUCAGUGCAAAAACAGAAAUUUCAGCUCACCUGGGACCUGGGCGAUGGAGCGGGUAUCGUCACGCACCCGGAGGUCUUAGAGCAUAUACACGACGAUGCAGACCAUAACACUUAUACGGUGGAUAUUGAGAGAGUAUGGAACACCGUCCGCCUAACAGUCGAGCGUGCCGGCAAACCUUCGACCACAGUCUCCAACGCCACCCUAGGCUCGUCUGUGUCUCUCCACGCCACCCGCCUCUGGCUCGGCGGGGGCGGGGGUGGGGGGCUGCCGGGCUGCGUGCACGCACUCUACUGCGACGAGAGACGGGUGGGGCUGUGGAACUUUGUGGAACAGCCGAAGGAGGCACAAUGCACGGGGUGCACGCAAAGAUGGUACAACUCAGCCCGCGGUGGCGAGCCCUCGCUAGCUUGGUUCAACGGCGAGGGUUAUGCUGAACUCAAACGCUCCGGAUUCCGACCUUCCGACCGACGGUACUUCAGCGUGGCGUUCACCGUGAGGACGAGGGAUCAAGACGCACUUCUCUUCAUGGCACUUGAUGUGGCUAAUAACCGCUCCAUCUCCGUCCGCAUGUCUUCCUGCCGCGUCGUCUUCGCGGUACAAUACUCGGACGCUCGGCUCGAGAUAGCAGCGCGAGGUCGCCACUGUCACGGCCGGGCCGUUCAUGUACAAGCUGCGAGAGUGUUCGCCAGUAACAAGCUGGAGAAAGGCAGCCUGCGUGUGAACGGGGAGGAGACGCUGGGGUCGCCGUCGCCGCCGGUGCAGGCGGCCGCCGCGCUGCCCGACGUGUCGGGCGCCGCCUACUGGCUGGGGGGCGCGCCGCCCGGCCACGACGCGCCCGCGCCGCCGCUGCUCGGCUGCUUGGGGGCGCUCUCCGUGGACAGGGAGGGAUACGACGUGCUGGAUACGCCGACGAGGAACGGUGUGGAAGCUAGAUGCAUGGACAGGACUCUUCGAACAGCGACACUAGAAGGCACCGGCUAUGUAGAGCUGCCGUCCCCCAUCCUCCGCCGCAAAGCAGCCCUAGGGCUCACGUUCCGGUCCCGCGGCGACGGGCUGCUGCUGUACAGGGCUCCGUCCACGCUCAGCGAGAACGAGGUCGACGACGAAGAUGGCGACGACAAGCAUUACCUCAGGCUGGUGCUUGUAGACGGUGAGUUGGAGCUGACCGCGGCGGCGGGCAAGGCAGAGCUGCGACUGCGCACGAACGGAACGCGCUUCGACGACGAUAACAGACACUCCGUCAGAAUCGUGAGGGCUCAUAAACAGCUGGAGUUAUGGGUAGACGAAGACCGCCUGGCAACAGGGACGCUAGCUGGCAACGCGUUGCCAGCUCGCAACAAGGGCUUGUUCAUCGGAGGCAUGCCAGCGGCGCAAGACGGUCCAAUGUAUAAAGGCUUUAGCGGGACUGUAGCUGAUCUGAUAGUGGAUUCCAAUGUGGUCGGGUUCGAGACGGCGACGGCAUCCUACACAGUAGAAGUCGGGGCAGUAAAGUUUGGCGACUCGCCCGGCAGCCAUGCGACGCUGCGACUACCACCUCGUGUUAAAGAGCUCUCGUUGUCGCUUAGCUUCCGGACGUUCGCUCCUGACGGUCUUCUACUCUUAGCUCCGGGUACGAAAACGAAACCAAAGCACUACAUGGCUCUACUGGUGCGCGAAGGCAAGUUGCGGCUCUACGUGCGCGGGCGCCGACGGAAGGAGCUCUCUCUCGCCGCCUCGGUGUCAGAUGGAGAAUGGCGUGAGGUGACAGUCCGCAUCUCGCGCAACCGCCUCGUCCUGUCGAGUGGCGGCGCGGCCAGCGCGGCGCACGCGCCGCCCGCCGCCCGCGCGCCGCGGCUCUACGUGGGCGGCUUACCGCAACCGCUCAACAACAUACCCAACUCUAUUCUCCGAGUAGGCGGAUUCCUCGGCUGCAUCCGUCGUGUGGUAGUCAACGAUCGGGCUGAAGACCUAGUGAGGAACGCGGCCGCGCACCACAGGGUAGGACAGUGCUUUCCAAACGUCGAACGAGGCGCUUACUUCGGAGGUGAUGCGUAUGCGUUAUGGUCAAGCGCGUGGCGGCCGGGCGAGAGCGGCGCGGAGGCGGCUGAGAUGCGGUUACGAUUCCGUAGCGCUGAGCCGUCAGGGCUACUGCUUGCUGCCACUAACUUGGUGCUCGAGUUAAAAGAUGGCGCUGUAAGUGUAAACCUCUAUGAACUCAGUGGCGAGCGCCUAGUGGUAAUCCUAACCCGCUCGGGCUCGACCACGUCCCUCGCGUCGGCCCGCGGGCCGGGCAACCGGGCGCUGUGCGACGGGCGCUGGCACUCCGUGCUGGUGCGCGUGGCGCGCGCGCACGUGGCGCUGGCGCUCGACGCCGGCCCCGAGAUACGCGACGGCGACGCCACGCUCGUCGACGAGGAGAGCGCGCCGGCCGCCCCGCUCUAUGUGGGGGGGUUGCCAGAGGGCUCCACAGACGGCGUGGACGCUCAAAACUUCAAGGGCUGCAUAGACGACGUCAGCAUCGGCGGCCAGAAGCGCAAGUGGAAAGACAUGGAGGCGCUACACAAUGUGCUGUUAGACUCCUGCCCUGUUACGCAGUGA